AUAAGUGUCUUUCUCCCUCCUUUGUGAGAAUAUCCACUUUCUUUCUCCUCCAAGCACACAAAAGCAGAAUAAGGAUGAACAUGAGCGGGUUGUGCGUAUAUGUGAUCCUGGCUGCUCUUUCUGCCUCCUGUUUGGGUCGGCCCCGCUCCUCUUCUCCUGACAUUGAUGACAGCCCUCUGCCCUCACAGAUUGAUGCCAGUUUAAGUGAGCACCAGCGGGUUGCCCGCUCCACCAGCCUCAGCGCCGCGCUAAAACAGCAGCCAGCAGCUGACACAGAUUCAGACACCAAUGCCAACCUCAGUGAACUGAUUGCCAAACUCAUCUCCAAAAAAGGGUCUGUUCGACGUAACUCUUCCAUGAACAACAGAGCAAACAGCGUGAACCAUAGGAUAAAAGAUCGAGAUUAUGUGGGCUGGAUGGAUUUUGGCCGCCGGAGUGCCGAGGAAUAUGAAUAUUCAUCAUAAAAUCCAUAUGCAUAUCACCCAGCACCUCUCAGUCACAAAUAAAAGAGUAUAUUUAUUACUAUUACUAUUGUUAUAAUUAUUAUUCUAAUGUACAUUUGUUAAGAAAUCAGUAUAAUGCAACAUAUGCCUAAUUUUGCAACAACAAAAACAAUUCAAAAAAAGUCACAAAAAGUAUUGUUGUUUUAAAAUCUUGUCAUUUUAUUUCAUUUUAUUUUCUUUGUUACAUGUACAAUGGUUUUUGCUUCAAAAGUACCAUCAAGCUGUAAUGUGUGUGAGAUUCAUCAAGCCAAAGUUUUCAAUAAAUUUGGUCAGCAUUCAACUUUGGCC